AUGGAGGGUUUUGUGCUGUUCCUUGUGAUAUCCAUGGAAGUUCUCGGCGCCGCUGCCGCAAAGAAGAUAGGACUCGCCGGUAGCCCUCCGCCUUAUCUGGCGCUGGCAUGGAGCUCCAGCCUUGUGGUCUCCACCGCACUCACCAUUGGUGGUGUGAGCUACGCUUCCGGCGGAGCUGGCAUCCUCGACUCCACUAACGCGGGCAACAACAUCCCGUUGUCGAAGCGGGUGCAGUACUUCAACGCCACCAGGUCGAAGAUGAUCGCCGCGGUGGGCUCCGGUGCGGUGAACACUCUGCUCUCCAGGUCCGUCGUGCUCAUCGGCGCUGACGGCAACGACCAGCUGGGCGCGUUCUACAGGUCACCUCCGGAGCAGCAGAGCGACGUCGCCACGUUCUACGGCAGCCUCAUAAUAAUUUGGCUAGCUAGCUGCACGGAUCAAAUAAAUCAUGUUGCAGGAUCUGUACACGCCAUCACCAACUUGGGGCUAGUCGGGUGCCUGCCGGUUAACGGGGUGCUCGACACGGCGGGCGCGUGCUCAGACUUGCGGAACCAGCUCGGCGCCGGCUUCAACGACGCCGUCCGGAACAUGCUCGCCGACCUCGCCGUCAGGCUGCCGGGAUUCCGCUACUCCCUGGGCGAUGCCUCGGGCCUCAUGGUGGACACCUUCGCCGACCCACCGGCGUCAGGGUUCACGGACGUCGCUGGCGAGUGCUGCGGCGGCGAUCAGCGGGUGGACUGCUCGCCCAACUCCACCGUCUGCGCCAACCGCGACCACUACUACUUCUGGGACGCGGUGCACAUUUCCCAGGAGGCCGCCAAGCAAUGGGCUGAGGCCUUCUACGACGGCCCGGCCAAGUACACCACGCCCAUCAACUUCAAGCAGCUGGUCUGGUCCACAUGA